CAGGCUAGAAAGAUCUAGAAGACAUUUAGACAUGGGAAAUCAUACAUUGGUGAAAACCUUUAUUCUUCUUGGAUUGACAGAAGACCCAAGGUGGCAAAUUGUAAUCUUCCUUUUCCUAUUUAUAACAUAUGUGCUGAGCAUCACUGGAAAUCUUAUCAUUGUUCUUCUCACCCUGUUGGACUCCCACCUCAAAACGCCGAUGUAUUUCUUCCUUCAGAAGUUUUCCUUCUUAGAAAUCUCUCUGACAUCCACCUGCAUCCCUAGGUUCCUGGUCAGCAUGGUGACCAUGGAUAAAACUAUUUCGGUGGAGGCUUGCUUCACACAGUUAUUUGCUGCCUUUAUCUUUGGGAUAGCACAGUUUUUCUUGCUGGCUGUCAUGUCCUAUGACCGCUAUGUGGCCAUUUGUAGACCCCUUCACUAUACAACCAUCAUGAACAAGAGAGUCUGUACAUUGCUGUUUGGCGGCUGCUGUUUAAUUGCUUUGUUUGCGAUCUGCCCUGGAGUCAUUGUGAGUCUGGGUUUGGAAUUCUGUGAUACUAUUAUUGAACACUUUUUCUGUGACUACUCACCCAUCUUGAAGCUUUCCUGUAAUGAUACAAGGUCCAUGCAACUGGUCAACUUCAUUUUUGCCAUCAUUAUUCUCCUGGUGACCUUGGCACUAGUACUGUUCUCUUAUGGGAAAAUCCUAAGUACAAUUCUGAGGUUCCCCUCGGCUCAGCAGCAGAAGGCCUUCUCCACCUGUUCUUCACACAUGAUCGUUGUCUCUAUCUCUUAUGGCAGCUGCAUUUUUAUGUACAUCAAACCAUCUGCCGAGGAGAGAAUAUCUUUAAACAAGGGGGUUGCCAUACUCACUCUUGCACUUGCACCUGUACUAAACCCUUUUAUAUAUACCCUAAGAAAUAAGCAAAUCAAAGAAGCAAUAAAGGACAUGAUUAAAAAGUGUGCCUCAGCUACUUCAAAGUAGUAAGUUAGGCUUGACUGU